AUGUCUGACUACGGCGAGCACGACGCUGAGGAAACCUACGACUACGAGCCUGGCGACGAUGUGCUGGAGGAUCCCGAGCCGGAGGACUUCGCCGACCAGGAAGGUCUUGAGGGCGACGAGGGAGCCGACUCCUAUCAGCCUGCAGUCAAUGGCGAGAAUGUCGUUGUUUCGGGUGACCCCAAUGCGGGCUACUCGGGCAAGGUGAUGGAGCAGACGCGCGAGAAGAAGGUGCCCAAUGACCAGCGCACGACCACCCCGUACCUGACCAAGUACGAGCGCGCCCGUGUCCUGGGUACUCGGGCUCUGCAAAUCAGUAUGAAUGCUCCCGUGCUCGUGGAUCUCGAGGGUGAAACCGAUCCCCUGCAGAUUGCCAUGAAGGAAUUGAACCAGAAGAAGAUUCCUCUGAUUGUGAGGCGGUACUUGCCAGAUGGAUGGUACGAGGAUUGGACAUGCGAGGAGCUUCUCUAG